GUCCAGAUAAUAUGAAUCCAUCUUUCACUUUCAUUGUAUGGAAAAACAGAAACAGAAACUCAGAAACAUCUUGUGUGCUUCACGGAAGCCAGAAAAUAGUCGCAGAAUAGUCAACAUGAAGGUAAUAUAGAGCAGCACGUGCCAACUGAAACUUCCACAUCCUGGCCUGAAGGUGUGCUUCCUUCCUCCUACGCCUUUCUGAGAAGUGCUUCAUUUCCAGUUUCAGUUUUUCAGCUGUGAAAACCUGAAAUUCUAGAUGUGGCUAAUAGACGCCCCUUAAUGGGUGGAGGCCAACAGCAGAGAACAGGAUCGUGCCGAUAAGACGCUCCAAAGUUCACAGUUACACCUGAGGAUGGGUAGAUCUUUCUUCAGACCGAUUAGAGAUGGAACAGAGCGUGUAAAGCAAGCGACUCUGUCAUUGUUUUGCAGGGAUCGAAUAAUGUCCCACCAUAAGACUCGAUGGGAUUUCUCUUGUUUGUGGGAAUGACAAUUAUUGGAAGGAAAUAAUGAGAGGACUGUGUCUCUGACCACUGGAUCUUUAUUUGAUGUUUCUCAGUUGGAGAUAUUCGAACACGUCUGGAUAUGUGGCCUCUGAGAGCUGCCAUUCUUUUGCUCUGUUGUGCUGGUUGUUGGUGCUGUAAUCUGACGAAGGCUUAUGUCGAGUCCGAGAACUUCUUCAGUGUUCUCCAUUGGGAAGCUGUGGACAUCCCUGAUCAAACGGUUCUCUACAGUGUUCAGUACAACCUUUAUGGGAGUCCAUAUCGUCCAGUGACGUGGUGCCAGAACAUCUCCGCUCCCGUUUGUGACCUGACUGGUGUGACGAGUGAUGUGUUGUCCUCUGUGAGCAUUAAAUAUAAUUUCCGAAUCACUGUCGGUGGACUGUGCAUGGGUGACGUGAAUUUUGCUCUAUUCUGGCAAACCAUAUUGACAGCACCACAGCUGUCAGUAGCGUCAAACAAAACUCAUCUGAAUGUGACGGUUUCCCCGCCGAUGAUCCCUUGGAAUCGCUCUAUCGAGAAUGUCAUGUCCCGGGUAGUCGUCAAGUACUCAGUUCAUCUGACACAUCCCAAAUCAGAGGAGAGAAAGGUAUUUGAGGACACGUCUCGCUCAGUGUUUAUUCGGCUUGUGGAAACAGACGUGCAGUACUGUGGUGAUGUGGUUUAUACACUCGCACACACCGCCAGGUCCAUUCACAGUGAAAGCGCCUCCUUUUGUGUGGAUGUCUCGGCACCUGAUUCCAGGUUUCAUAUAUUAAUGUUGCCCGGUCUGCUGGUUCUGCUGCUGUUGAUCAUUCUACCCAUUGCGUUUUACCAGAUGUCUAUAAAGAGAAAGCGUUCCUUACCCAAAGUGCUGAUGCUGUCAAAGAACACCAGUCGUCCAUUUUGUUCAAAUCCCCGGGACGACAUAUCUAAAUUGGAAGUGUGGUCUGGAUUUGUUGGGAUGGGGAACUAUGAUCCACAGCCUAUUUUUGCCCAGCAGAAGUCCGAGAUCGGGGUUAAUGUGACCGCCUAUGCAUCCCAGGAGCCCUACAGAUGUCAACAGGACGUCCCAGUCCCUGACAGUAGAGAGUCUUCAGUGCAUUACAGCCUCUGUUUGCCCGUCCAGAGCUUCAACAAACCAUCAUCCGAUGGCAGAGCAGAUCCGACCAGCUCGGAUUCGAUUGGUGCGGAGCCCGUUUUGAGCAUUUCAGACACUGAAUGCAGCAGCGAGACACUGGUGGUACCAGUUAGGCCCACUGAAAAUGGUGCGCUGCAGUUUCAUGGCUGCUUAUUUCAGUUUGAUGCUGAUCUAAGUUCUCCAGAUGCGGAUCAGGAAUCAGAAGGUUUAACUGGAGAACAAGCGCCUUUAUUAAGUGACUCAGACUAUCUGCCUGUACAUGUUCCUGACGUGCAGGUGACGUCAAACUACAGGCAGAACUGGCUGCCGGGGAUUCCUCUGCAGGGAAAACAAGACCAGAGGACUUAUAUUCAGAGGACAGACCACCCGCAGGACGUAACUGAACCCGAGGAGGACUUCAGAGAUGGAGAGGAACCUAGAGUUGGCCUGGUUAUUUUGGACAGAUGGACGGGAUUGUCUUUGUCUUGCAAUUAACCGGCGGAGCGUCUUGAGUAAGAGAUGUUUGAUGGUCAUCUACAGGUGACAGAACAUCUUCUGUUGGAUUUCUCCAGCUCGUUGCAAAAGCAAUGAGGGUUUACAAACUGAUUGUGCACUUUGACUGAAACUAAGAUUAUUUGGUUUCACUUUAUUUGGAUGGUCCCUUUAACACAUUCACUUGACUAUAAGUAAUGUUGCACCUACAUCUCUAGAUUGGGUAGACUUGGUAGGG